AUGGUCAACCUCCGGACAUUAUCUCUUGCCUCCAGCCUCGUGCUGCAAUGCAGCGAGGCUAGCACUUCCAAGCCUUUGGUCCCGUUCGCAUAUCAAGACAUUCCCCUAGGCAGCAUCAGCCCCAAUGGCUGGCUACGCGCCGAGAUGGAAACCGAAGCCGCCGGCCUAGCAGGCCACCUCUACGACUUCUACGAAUUCGUGCACAAGUCCUCGUGGCUCAACGGCACGGAGGAGUACAGCGGGCUCAACGAGGCCUACCCCUACUGGAUCAACGGGCUGGUGCCUCUCGCCUACGGCCUCGACAAUCAACGCCUCAAAGACCAAGUGCACGCAUCGACGGAGUACGUGCUGCAGCACAAAGUCGCGCCCGAUGGCUGGAUUGGGCCGGAGAAGGGAGGGUAUCGCUUGUUGUGGGCGCGGACGCUGCUGUUCCUGGGCUGGACGAAUUUAGUUGAUGCGAAUGCCACUUGGGAGGAGCCGAUUGUGACGGCGAUGCAUAACUUCAACAAGCUGAUGAAUACCAUGCUCAAGGACAACGGGACGGGGAUUGUGCAGCAGGCUGAUGGCGUGCUGGACGCUGGGUACUAUUUUUGGUUUCGGUCCCGGACGCAGGAUAUGAUGGUCAGCUUGCAAUGGCUCUACGAUAAGCAUCCCAUGGGCCAAGAAGCUAUGUUGCUGGAGAACAUGCAGUUACUCCAUCACUACGGCUACAAGUGGGAGAAUUACUUCAAAUGGGGGACGUACAUCUACCAAGACCUGUACACCGUGCCGAAUCGACUUACGAAUGAGUACUUUCAAUUCUUGCACGGUGUCAACGUUGGAGAAGGUCUGAAGGCUGCCGCCGUCAUUCGACGCUACACUUAUAACGACAGUCUGAUCCAGACGGCAAUCGAUGGGGUGAACUGGACGAUGAAGUACCAUGGUGCAGCCUCGGGGACGGUCCUGGCCGACGAGCGUGAAGACGGCGUCAAUCCGUAUUACGGCUCGGAAACCUGUACUGCCGUGGAAGUCAUCUUUUCCCAAGCGUACAACUACCGUGCUCUGGGCAAUGGCUUUUUCGCGGACGGCGCAGAGCUGGCGGCCUACAACGCUCUCCCCGGUGCAAUGACUGGUGACUGGUGGGCACACGUCUACAUGUCUCAGCCGAAUCAGCCUUACUCGAAGAAUCUCAGCGAGACCCCAUUCUACGACGUGAACACCGUCGGACAGACGUUCGGUCUGGAACCAAACUACCCCUGCUGCACCGUCAACCAUCCGCAAGGUCUUCCUAAAUUCACUCAGAGCGCCUAUCUCACUCUCGGCGAUGCGGGUCUGCUCCACGCGUUGUUGAGCCCUACGACCGUCACCACCACCCUAGGGAACGGGGCCAAAGUGACAGUCGAAUGCAAUACCAACUACCCCUUCGACGACGACCUCUACUACACCGUCUCCAGCACCGCAAGCUUCGACUUCUACGUCCGCCAACCCGGCUGGUCUCCAGGCUCCACCCUGACCGCCAGCGACGCCUCAACCUCAUCAAGCUUCGACGCAGCCACGGGCCUCACGAAAACGAGCCUCCCAGCCGGCAAAUCCACCCUCAAAUACAGCAUCACGACGCCCAACAUCCGCACGGAGCCGCGCGCCAACGACACCAUCUCCGUCUUCCGCGGCCAAGUGCUGUACGCAGCGCACAUAGGCAGCGAAGUCACCUCCACCGGCCCGCACAACUACUACACCCAAGAACUGUACCCGGCCGACUACGCGCCGCCGCAGUCGCGCGACUACGUCAUGCUCAACACCACCGAGUGGAACAUGGCCGUCGACCCCAGCACGCUCGUCUACCAUGCUGCGAACGCGAGUGCGGCGGAUGGCGCCUCUGCCCCUGGCUCGCUGCCGACGCCGAUCUUUGCGCCUGGCAAUCCGCCCUUCUACAUGACUGUGCAGGCGUGUUUGAUUGAUUGGCCUCUUUUCUUGGGCUCUACGCCUGGAUGGCCGAUUCCGUUGAGCGAGAGGAAGUGCUUGGGCGAUACGUUUGAGGCGAAGUUGGUGCCGUAUGGCAGUGCGGAGUUGCGGAUGACGGAGUUGCCGACAAUCAGCUUGAAGUGA